AUGAUGAGCAUCUUCUCCCGCAAGAACAAGCUCGAAGACGAGCUGUUCAACAUCAAGUUCACGGCCAAGACGCUGCUGCGUAACUCCAAGAAGUGUGAGAAGAACCAGGCGGUGCAGAAGACCAAGCUCAAGAAGGCGAUCGAGCAAGGCAACAUGGAGGGUGCCAAGAUUUACGCACAAAACGUGAUACGGGAGAAGAAUCAGGCGCUCAGCUACUUGCAGCUGGCUUCUCGAAUGGACGCCGUGGCGGCGCGGGUGCAGACGGCCAUUAGCAUGGGCCAGCUCAAGGCUAAUAUGAGCGGCGUGGUCACGGGGAUGGACACCGUCAUGGAGUCUAUGAACGUGGAGAAGAUUUCCCAGACAAUGGAUCAGUUCGAGAAGCACUUUGAAGACAUGGACGUGCGGUCUGCCUACAUGGAAGGCGCGAUGAACAGCGGCAUGUCGACCUCGACCCCAGCGGACCAGGUCGACGACCUCAUUCAGAUGGUUGCGGACGAAAACGGACUCAAGGUGGCAGGAGAACUAGACUCGGCAGGGCUCGUGGGUACACACCUGCCAGUCACCGAAGCAGCUCGAGAGAAAAAGUCGCAGGACGAUCUCUCCAUGCGACUCGCCGCGCUACGGAAGUAA